AUGUUUCUAAUUAAGUAUUUCCCUGAAGAUAUCCGUAAUAGAAAGGAGAUGGAAUUUGUUAAAUUGGAAAAAGGGAAUAUGUCAGUAGCGGAGUAUGCUGCUAAGUUCGAGGAAUUAUCCAGGUACUUUCCACUCUAUGUUGGAGAGGCUAGAGAAAAUUCUAAGUGCAUCAAGUUUGAAAUGGGACUCAGGUGUGGUAAGCAGGGUCACAUGGAAUAUGAAUGUAGAGAUGCUGGAAUUACUUGUUUUACUUGUCAACAACAAGGAGCUAGUAGUGGUAACGAAAAGGAAAUGGAAAUAGUUAUAGUUAUGCGAGUGGUAGAGGAAACCCCAAUGGACGAGGAGUUAGUAACGGAAAUAGUAACAACAGGAGUCAAGUAUCGAGCAACAACAAUGGGCCACAUGGAAUAUGAAUGUAGAGAUGCUGGAAUUACUUGUUUUAAUUGUCAACAACAAGGCCACAUUAGCACCACAUGCCCCUACCCAAGGAAGACUCCACAACCUGGAAACCAGAGUUCCCAAGCCAGCCGACCUAAAUCCAAUGGAAGACUCUUUGCCCUCAGUGGUGCAGGAGCGUCUGAGAAAGACAACUUGAUCCAAGGUACAUGUCUCAUAAGUGAUACUCCUUUAUUUGUACUAUUUGAUUGUGGUGCCACUCAUUCUUUUGUUUCUCUUGAUUGUGUUAGACGUUUAGGACUACAUGUAUCUCGUUUACAGUAUGAGUUGAUUGUGAAUACCCCAACUAGUGAUUCUGUUGAUACCUCUAGUGUUUGUCUUGACGUUUCUAUCCAUGUGUGUGGAAGGGACUUCUGA